UCAGUACAGAAACAAAUCAUUGUCGUUUUAGAUUUUAGGCCCUUCAGAGCUGUUCAAAAUUCGUAAUAAAUUUUAUACACGUUUUUCAGUCCUCCGUACAAUAAGAUUUGGUUACUUUUCCAAACUAACGAUAAGUUUGAGGAGGAAUCGCAGUUUACCAGUGCAAUAACAAGAGAUACCUUGUCCAGAGGCAGAUCCCCCAUUCCAUCCACCAUGUAUCAGGGCAACAGGCGUUCGCAGAGCGUGAACCGACCCCCACCCUAUGCCCUCCAUCGCGGCAUCCGGAAUAUCUCGGAGUGCCGGAGAUGUCAGCAAAUCGAUCCGACCUUGCUGGAUCCUCUGGAUCCGCGUCGCAUCCAGCAGCAGCUGGUGAUGGUCUAUCUGCGUGUUCGGUCCGCCAAUGAGCCCAAUCUGGAGUAUGUGGACCCGGGUCUAACGCAGGAGCAGCGAAAGCGGCAGCUCAUGUACAGUAAUCGCCCAUGGAUGUUGAUUAAGCCGCCGCAUACCAUUAUGGUCACCCGAACUGCUCUGCCGACGGCUCCGGGUGCCGCCACUGGGGCACCGGGUGUGGGCACUGGCCCGCCGAGGGUUCAGCCCAAUUAUGACAUCGAGUUCCGGUUCCGGCGGAUUUUCAGCGAGCGGGCCUCGCAGGCGCUGGUCUAUAAGAACAUAUCGGAGCCGAUACUGCGGCAGAUGUUCCUCGGCGGCAGUGGCCUCAUCCUGAUUACGGGUGCCCCCGGCAGUGGCAAGACUCAUUCGUUGCUCGGCUCCCGAAACUCCCAGGACGGUGGCAUUCUGCGUCGCACCUUGGAGUCCAUUUUCCGUUGCGCCGGCUGUGACCUGGUUGAACGCUAUAUCGUCCAGGCGGACAAGUUGGGCUCCGGAUUUACCUGUAUACCGGCAAAAACUGCACAGAAAUUGGCCGCCCAGGAGGAUCGACUGUUGCAGGGAGCCCAGCCGGCUGUAGCCACGCCGAAUCGUCCGGAGUGCAGUUGGCAAUUGAAUGGCGUGAACAUCCAAAUCAAUCGGAAGCGUCGAGCUUGCUUUCUGGGCGUGCUGAUCGUGCAGGACGGCAGCUUCUAUGAUCUCCUGGACCAUCGCAGUGAGACCGAUGGACGUCCGCCGGCUAUGACGCUACGGGAGGAUCGCAAGGGUAGGUGCUAUGCGGUGGGGGCCAAUCGCCUGGAGAUUCGCAGUGCCGACGAGGCGGAGCUUAUGAUCAAGGCGGCCCUGACCAAAAGGGAUGCAUGGAGCCAUCAUGGCGGCAGCCAUCUGGUGAUCAACAUAUAUCUCGUGGUCUACGAUAAUAUCCGACGGAGUGAGCUCCUCGAGUGCGGUCAAAUCACGAUCGUGAAGGUCCUCACACCCAGGCUAGUGGACACGGCCAACUCGCGACGUUCCUGUGGUGCCCUGAAGACGGUCUACACGGUGCGCAACUGCAUCAGCUGCCUGCACAGCAACCAGCUGGCCAUCCUGAAGGGCAAGCCGCCCAAUAGGAAGCCCCCCUCUAGGGAGUGCAGUCUCACCCAGCUCCUGAGGCACUUCUUCGAUGUGCGGAAUCUGGCCUGUGUCGUCUGCCUGGCCACCAUUAGCCAGGAGCGCGGCCAGGUGCUGGAGAACAUACGAGCCCUGCGAUUCGCCGAGGAAACGAUCUACAUCCAGGAGGAUGGUUCGAAUGACGCCGAGGACGAGGAGAAGCCCACGGAUGCCGAUUCGGGCCUGUUCGCCACAUUUCUGGACAAGAACUUCAAGCCCAACUACCGAGCCAUCCGCACGGUUAUGCCCAUCGAGCUGCCUCCCUUCGCGCAGGCCCAAUCGCUGAUCGACAAUCUGAAGGCCAAUAUAGCACGGCGCAAGCAAUUGCUGGUCUCCUCCAAGAGCCUCAGCAAGGAUUUCCUCGAGCGAAUGCAUGGUAGACGGGACGAGAUCUUCGUCCUGCAGGCCACGGCCCUAAAGGAACUGAGUCAGACCAUCUUCGAGUCCUCCACCCUGGUGGAAAAACUGGAGGUGGUCCACGAACCGGUGCGCUAUGGCAAGAUCUCCGUUCAGGCCCAGCAGGCCGAGAAGCGGGCCCAGAUUUCGGAGAAUCUGCUCCACGGACGCAACGAGCAGUUGGAGCGACAUGUCAGUCAUUCUGAGGGCAACGAGACCCCGGAGACAACUGGGGAUGCCAGGAGGCGCAAGGCUCAAAAGGAUGAAGUGGUCAAAAAUCAACCGGUCUGGCAUCACUACUAAGCAACUAUCCUGAUCUGAAGUUCUAGUCAUAUGUGAUCUCUUCUUGGAAAGUGCCUUCAUUGCGAAUUUAGAUCUCCAAGGAAUUUCACAUCUACCUCUUUUGAAGUCCGGAACAAAGCUGUUUAAUGCUAUUAUACAGGAGAGAAUACCUAUCCACGAACCGGUCAAAACUCAACCUGUCUGGCAUCACUACUAAACACUCUAAUCGCAUGUUCUAGUCAUUUGUGAUCUCAUCUUGGAAAGUACUCUCUUUUCGAAUUUAGAUCUCUAAGGAAUUCACUUCUAUAUAUCAGAUCAGGAACAAAUGCUAUCAUGCUAUCAUAUAGGUCAGUCUAUCUCUUUUGUACUGGAUAUAAUAUUGUAACAAUUUUGGUGUACCACGCUAAUGAUCCUCUGUAUGCUAAAAAGAUGAAGUGAUCAAGUACGUUGAAGAGUAACUAAACAACAAAAAUAUAUUUUUAUUAAAGAUA